AAUGUUCAUCGAUCGUCACUCUCAAUGACAUGCGGUCUCACAAGUGCUGCUGCUGAGUGCUCUCAAAUUUUUAUUCGUUUUCUAUCUUGCAGUUGCAGAUAAAAAAAUGGCAAAGUGAAAAUUCAAUUUCCCAGUCAUUCUUAUUAAGUGUACUGAUGAGAACCUUAUCAUCACUACAAUGUGCAGCUUCUUCAAGCCAAAACUUAGUCUAGAUAACAUGGAUUUGAUCGACUGCAUGUCUUUGUUGGAUUCUUGGAUUCAUAGUAAAAAGGUCAUCGUAUUCAGAUGGACUAGUGAGGAUGAUAUAACCCCUUAUGAUUUCACCGAUUAUUCAAUUCCAGAGAAAUGUGAUGGAAAGAAAUUGCUAAUGAAGACUGGCUUCAUUCUCUUUCACUGUGAUGAUAUUUCCAAAAUUGCAUGGGAAAGAGACAAACUAAUCAUGGAAAAUAUUGACAAGACUGGAACAAGGUUGACUUCAAAGGCAAAGCGUUCCCUUUGUUAUCCAACAAUGGUUCCAAGACCUGCUGGUUAUACCCUUGAUGAUGAAGACGAGAAUAGUAGUGAUGUUUUAACUGAUUUAUCACAGUCACAACCUCAACCUUCAAAGAAAAGAACUUAUUCAGAAUUGGAAAAAGAAAACAUGGAACUACACAGUAACAUUCAAAAACUUGAAAAUGAUGUCGACAAACUUGCGAAGGAGUGUGCCGAGUACGAAGAUAAAAAAGCUGACGUUGAAGAAGAACUAGAGAAAUUGAAAAGGGAACAACCUAUAGCUCUCAUUGAAAAAAUGAAGGAGCAUGUUCUGGAUUUGGGACACAUUUUGAAAAAUUCUGCAGCCCUACAGGCAUCCAAUAUCCUUUCUCCUACAGCAUCUUUUGCCGGAAGCCCUGUUCAUCUUAACAGAGCUGUAAAUUCUGAUAAGGUUUUCCUCUUUAAAGAAGUUUUGAUCAGCGAGAGCAGUUUGAGGAAGGCAAAGGUGGCUCUAAAAACAGACGGCAAUUCAAACAAAUCAAGAAAUAAUGGCAUUGCGAUUAUUAUGGACGCUUUGUAUCAGUCAGAAGAAUUGGCCAACAUGUCUCUCUCCGGCAAUGCAUGCCCGAGUAUGCCAGGCUCUAAGCCAAAGCCAGCAAUUUCCAAGGAGGUCUUGAAUGAAAUUAUAGGUUUCAUGGUAAGAUAUUGGGAUCAAGCAUACAAAGGAUCUAUUCUGACAGAGCAGCAAGUUAAAGAAGCUGUAAGUGCCAAACUCAUGGCGGUCCACACAAGAGAGAAAAAGCAGAAAAAGAAGAUGCUGGCCAACGAGGCAUCGUCACCACUUACCGCAGGAGCUACCAAUACUUCUACGGUUCCAAUUACUACUAUAGCGUCCAUCACUGCUACUGAUGUUUAAUUAUUUAACAGUUAUCAAAUUUCCUGCCGGCCAAGUGGUCUUUUAAUCAAUUGCAUUCUGAUCCAAAAGCUGUUAUACGCUUUUCUAAACAAUAACUUUUAAUCCCGAAAGUCAAAAGUUUUGUUAUUUGUAUUGUUCUAUAUUGUCUACUCUUAGUUGUGUUGAGUGAUAUUUAUGUCUGUUCGUUAGAGCACGUGAUUAUGCCCAACAUUAUGUGUCGUGUUUUGAAAUACAAAGUCGAAUUCCACUCAAAA